UUUGGCAGAUGCACAGAAUGUUAAUCCAAAGGACAGUCGGCGCUGUUUCCUGAUAACUCCGCUGCUAAAUAUAAUCAGAGCAGUGACCUGGUUCCACCCGCUGCAGGCCUUCGGUCUGCCUGCGCCAGGCCCUAAGCUUGACACUGGGGGUCUUCUGAAGAUAAAUCUGACCGGGCCCCUGCGCUCAGAGGAAAGCCACAGUCUGUCCCGGGAGUUAGAGCGGUGAGCAUCCCAAACUCUAGAUCUAAAGUAGCAUGGAUCUGCCUGUGGAUGAAUGGAAAUCCUACAUACUUCAGAAGUGGUCUUUACUCCCAAAGGCUGUGCGCGUAACAAUUUCUACAGCAGAGACUUUGAGUGAUAUCUUUCUUCACUCCUCUUCCCUUCUUCAACCUGAGGAUGAGAUUUUUUUGAAGAAGCUAUCUAGAGGUUAUUCGGUAGGAAAGGAUCCUGAUGCUCCUUUUUUCUACAGAGAAGAAGGAAACAAAAAAUUCCAGGAGAAGGAUUACAUAGGAGCCGCAGUACUAUACUCUAAGGGAAUUUCCCAUUGCAGUCCUGACACAGAGGACAUUUCACUGUGCUAUGCCAAUCGCUCUGCAGCCCUGUUCCGCCUGGGUCAGUAUGAAACUUGUCUUGAAGACAUCAUCAGAGCACAGACUCAUGGAUAUCCAGAAAGACUGCAACCUAAAAUGAUGCUGCGAAAGGCAGAAUGCCUAGUAACCCUGGGACGACUUCAGGAGGCAAGCCAGACCAUCAGUGAUCUUGAAAGGAAUUUCUCUGCCAAACCAAUCAAGGAAGCUUCUCCCUGUCAAAUUCUGCAGAAAAACGUCCAUCAUCUGAAAAUGAAAUUAAAAGAAAAGAAGAAUCUCCUAGAAAUGGUCCCAGCAGCUCUCACCAAAGCCUUUGAGGAUGUAAGUCUGAAGGAAGAGAACAAACAAAUUUCCGGUGCCUCGUCAUCUGUCGGCUUAUGUUCAGACCCUUUAAAAGGACGCUAUCUGGUAGCCACAAAAGACAUUUUCCCAGGAGAGCUCCUGGUGAAGGAGAAUGCUUUUGUGAGUGUCCUUAACCCAGGAGAAAUGCUACCACUGCAUCACAGCCUACAGAGCAACUGGGGUACUAGAAUUACCAAUGGGGACCUCUACUGUCAUGGAUGCUUGAAGCACACCUUGGCCACAGUGCCCUGCAAUGGCUGCAGUUAUGCCAGAUAUUGCAGCCAGGAGUGCAUGCAGCAGGCCUGGGAACGCUACCAUAGCACAGAGUGUGCUCUAGGGGGACUGCUUCUCACUCUGGGUGUCUUCUGCCAUGUUGCCCUGAGAUUGACUCUUUUGGCUAGAUUUGAAGAUGUUGACAACAUGGUAAGGAAGCUUUGUGAUGAGAUUAGUAACAAGGAUCUCUGUUCACCUGAAAACCAGACACUGGACAAGCCACACAAUUAUAGCCAAUCGGAGUGUGAGGAAAAAUAUAGACAAGUUGAAAACCCAAUCCCCGGAUGCAGUAUUGAUGGGAAGUAUGAACAUAAUUACAAUGCUGUCUUCAACCUUUUGCCCCAUACUGAAAACCAUAGUCCAGAGCACAAAUUCCUCUGUGCUCUCAGUAUCUCUAUACUGUGCAGACAGCUCAAAGCCACCAACUUGCAGGCCGUCACCCCAGUCCUGCCAUCCUCUAGGUCCAAAGCAGCAAUGAUCCCUGGGUUGUGUGCAGACCAGAAUAUUUGGGGAGUGGCCAUGCUGCGGCACAUGUUACAGCUGCAGUGCAAUGCUCAGGCCAUCACUGCCAUCCAGCAGACAGGAUCUAAAGAGAGCUUCGUUACCAGCAGCAAGCAGGUACGCCUUGCCACAGGCAUCUUCCCUGUUGUCAGUCUACUGAACCACUCCUGCAGCCCCAACACCAGCCUGUCCUUCGCUGGCACUGUCGUCACAAUUCGGGCAACACAGCAGAUUGGAAAAGGGCAAGAGAUUCUCCACUGCUAUGGGCCUCAUGAGAGCCGGAUGAGUAUUGCUGAAAGGCAACAGAAGCUGAAGUCUCAGUAUUUCUUUGACUGCAGCUGUCCAGCUUGUCACACUGAGGAGCUCAGAACAGCUGUGGGGCCCAGGUGGGAAGCCUUCUGUUGUAACAGUUGCAGAGCGCUUAUGAAGGGAAAUGCUGUACUGAGCUGUGGCACCAGAUCUUGUGCAGAAUCCAUCAGUAGGGACCAUCUGCUCUCUCGGUUACAGCAACUUCAACAGCACGUUGAGAUGGCCCAGAAGCUUCUCAGAAAUGGUAAACUAGAGCAAGCCAUCCAGCAGUUGUUAGUGUACCAGCAAGAUGCCAAGAGCUUCCUGUGGACAGAGCACACCAUGGUGGGGAAGAUUGAGGAUAGCCUGGCCCAGGCUUAUGCCGCCUUAGGGGACUGGCAAAAGUCUGCUGCCCAUCUACAGAAGAGUCUCCAAGUGGUUGAGGCCCGCUAUGGGCCAACCAGUGUUGAAGUGGGCCAUGAGCUCUUCAAACUGGCUCAAGUCUUGUUCAAUGGGUUUGCAGUACCUGAGGCUCUGAAUACCAUACAGAAGGCAGAAAAAGUCCUCUUGGUGCACUGCGGCCCUCAGAGCAGUGAAAUCAAGGAGCUCCAAGAAAUGAGAUCCUGUUUAUUGGACUUGCCACCAGCCCUUGUGGGGCCUUCAGUAUAGGAUCCCCAAGAGACUCUGGCCACAGGAAAGGAGCCCUGGUGGAUGAAUUGAAAGGGUGGUCCUGCUGCUGAGCUGUCAGCUGAAAGACAGUUUGCCCAACAGCCCAUCCUAGUGUGUUAAGGGCAGGGAAAACUGGAAAAUAUUACACUUGGAGAGAGACACUCACGCAUUCAUGGACGUACCUUGAAUAGCAAACAGCUCUUCAGAAAACUAGUACACAGAAAAGACUUCCAUGGGCUAGGAAGGUGGCUCAGUGGUAGAGCGCUUG